AUCAGACCACAUAUAUUAUGACAGUAGACAGAGCCUAAAACCUUCCACGGAUGAAACAGAAGAAGAAACAACAACAUUGUGAGUUAAAUAGCAAUAAAUACAACUAAAUGAACCGUGUUUCUGCUCACAGCCACUCACACCGAGCUAAGAGCUGUUUGACCGACUUAACACAUCGCGUGCGAGCGACGCUUCUCGUGACAGUGGGACAGAUGCUGCCCUCAGUGCAGGAAGUGUCACACAGCAGCGACACACACACACACACACACACACACACGGCGCAUGCUCUCCUACGUCUCUGAGCACAGGAGGAUGAAGUCUCCUCGGCUCUGACACGCUCUGUGGGGAGGGGGUGAUGGCGGGCGCUGAGGUCACCGUGUCUCCAGGGGAGCUCAUGGCGGUGAAGAAGGAAGAGGAGGGCGAGUCCAGUGACAACAGCCACAAAACUCAAGUCAUCCUGCACCUGCAGCCCAUUCUGCAUGGGAUAAAUGAGGAUACUGCUGACACUGGCACGACAGUUUUGGCCAUAGAGACACAUCACGAUGACAGUGAAGCAGACGGAGAGAAAAUCGAGUAUGGCUAUCCCAUCACCUGCGGAAACAACAGAGCGGUGCUGCUUUUUAAGAAGUUUGUGUGUCCUGGAAUCAACGUCCGAUGUGUCACAUUCAACGAGCAGCUCAUCAGUCCUAAGCAGUUUGUACACCUGGCAGGAAAAGCCACUCUGAAGGACUGGAAAAGGGCCAUCAGACUGGGAGGGGUUAUGCUUAGGAAAAUGAUGGACUCUGGCCAGAUAGAUUUCUACCAGCAUGACACUGUGUGCAGCAACACCUGCCGCAGCACUAAGUUUGAUGUGUUGAUAAACAGUACAAGGCUUCCUCCAGGGAUCGCAAUGCAGCCGAGCCCGUCAAGCCUGGCUCUUGACCCUCCUGGAAGACACAUGCCUCUGCUGACAGAGAUUGUGCACGAUGCAGCAGAGGCAGAGGAGUCUCUGGGGGAUAGAGUUGAUCCAACAGCAGAGGGGAGCCCUGGUCCAACUCGACCUGUAACCAGCCCCACAACAGCCAGUGGACAUGCAGCCAAGAGAAAGAAGGCUGACACACCUGAGGGAAUAUUGAGUCUGUGGAAGGGCGUGGCACACUCCGGGCUGAUGAGGGAGGUCCUUUCCAGUCUUCAGACUGAAUUACAAGCCACUCUUAAAGGAGUGGAGGUCCGCAGUGAGAAUGCCAGCCUACAGGAGACAGAUGCUGUUUUUCUUAAUUCCUUGUGUGAGAUGUUUGGGCUUUUAGACUCCGUGAAGGAAGCUCUGGACCUGAAGCGCAGCCGGAGUGAACAGAGCAAAAUCCACGACAGUGCUCAUGAUGACAUUUCGGAGGAAUGGAGGAAACUUGGUCGUGAUAAAAGCUCAUACAACGGCACAUCCUCGAAACACCUUCGCCCUCAGAAGCACAGCCAAACACAGAAUGUCCUGUCUCCCGUGAAAGAAAGCCCAGUGAUCCAUGCUUUCUCCUUUGCUGGUUUAUCAGCUGCAGCUUAUGCUCAACUCUCCAUCAACCCUCAGCUCUUCACCCAUUUCUCUGCCUCCUCUGGGAAACACCACCAAACCAGAGAGGACAGGAGGGGCAGACACAGGAAACAUGAGAUCAGUGAGAUGGAGAGCCAGGAGAAGUUACACCAGUGGGGACAGGAGCGGGUGGAGAAACAGGAAACCUCAGGGAUCUACAAGGAUCCUGGACAAAGAACUGGUAAACCUUGUGAAAACCUUCAUCUUACAAUUCAAGAAGAAGAGGAGAAAGAGGGUUUGCGUGACUUUGAAAAGGUGAUGAUUGGAAAAAAGUCAUCUAAGAAGAAUAAAAGUAAGUGAGAGAGUGAAAGACGAGAGGACGAUGAAGGACAAGGUGAGAGAAUGUGGUGGAAACCUGAAGACGUAAAGGAUUAAAGAUUCAAAAACGAUUAACAUUUCUGUGUAAAACAGCUUUUGUCUUCAUAUUAACACUGUAGUUACGUUAGCUUGUCGUUAAUUUGAGAGUUAGUUUGUAAAUGGAACAUUUAAAUGGAUCAUUUGGUGCUUUUGUCUACAUUCAAAAAUCCCGUAAAUUGCCAGCAGUGUAUGUUGUACAUACAAUAUGUUACGUCCCUCAUUCUGCAAAUUUGACUAAAUCAUUUUUAGACCAAAGGCCAUAAAUGAAUUUUGGAGAAAGUCACCUGUGGUUUCAUUUAUUAUGAAAAAGUAUUAUUUGUUACAGAGUUCUCAGUAAUCUUAAGAAUUUAUAGAAUAUGCUCAAAAUCUAUUUCUAUAUUUAAUUUGAAUGACAAAUAUACAUCUGUAAAUAUAGUAUUUGAUUGUAUCUUAUGGUUUUGUGAUAAAAGUCUCCCUUAUCUAAAAUGUGUGGGUAUUUUUUUUCCAGGUAUUUCAGAUUCUUUCAGUAUAUCUACUUUUAGUAACUUCUGUAAACCAACAUACAGUAGUACUACUCAAUUUCACGAGAUAACACUUCAGUUUCUAAUUGUUUUUAUGUCUUGGAUUCAAGACGUAUGCCUGAAGAAAACAUUAUUCAUAUUUUAUCUUUUCUUAGCUUAAAGUAAAUAUGGUGUUGAUGGCUCAUUAACUAAGACAGAGUGGCGCCUCUGUUAUUCCCACUCUACACCAUUAAGCUCUGUCCUUGAACUAUGUUAUUUUGGUGAGUGGGUGUGGACACGACCAGCAUCAGGCCCAGCAAAUUGAAGAAUAAUGCUGACCUACUUUCAUUGCGACAUGGUUUGCUGCUGUGACAACAUGUUAAGCAAAAGCUACAUCGCGUUGCCUUAAGAGAGUGGAAAUGUACUGUAUGUACAUAAGAUACGUUUUCAGACUGUUGGCAUGUGAUGCUGCUUUAUCAUGAUACUAGUAAGCAGAAUUAUGUUAAAUAACCUCUUCUCCCUUCCGCUUACUCCUUUGCUUACUCUUCCCUUUCCCAAAUGUGACAGGAGACUAUGAUGGCCUUUGGAUAUACCGUAAGGAUGUCAUUCUUCUUUGUUUGUGUACUUCGCUUCUGCUUCAGAAUGUUGUACAUUUGGGCUGCUGUGAAAACAUGGCAGCAUAAGAUGGCUGCAAGGCCCUUGUACAUGUACCCAAAGUACAUAUAAAGGCCUUCUGAGAUGACAAAAACUAAAUAAUGUUUUAUAUUAAAGUGUUAAAGUGUACUAUAUUUAUAUUCCUACAUGUAAACCCUCCUAAAUGGGACC